AUGCCCAGUUUUCGGUCGCCAGGAAACAUAUCCGAAGUCAACGAAAUCAAAAGCUCCAACUGGGAAGCAGUGGGAAAUACCCGAUCAGCCCUGAAAGAGCAGCUUGGUAACUUGUACUGGAAUGGCGUGAGGCAGGAGCUGAAAGUGAUCUUGUUCACUUUGAAGAAGUUGCAGGAGCCUGACUCCAAAAGAGUGCUUGAGAGAGAACAGGAGACCCUCAGCGAUGACACACCCUUUGGCUUUGAGACAUUUGUCGACCAAGUGUCUUUGGAGUCUCGCAAACUUGCUUAUUCCUACGGGAAACAAACAGAACGUUAUGAAUCCAAGGAAAAGCUAUUGUCGACCUACGAAGACGCAAUUUACCACAAAAUCUCGAGCGAGAAUGCGAAACAAAGAUCCAGCAAUUUGAACACUGCCAUCAAAUCAUCAGUGCUGGAGAAUGACAAGAAAGACGUUCUGACCCCUAUCGAACGCUAUGCAAGAUCUCUUCUACGGACAGCUGGCUUCCUUGACAUGGAAAAGGUCAUCGAACAUCGACCGACGCUGGAGAAGUUCAAGUUCUGGAAUAGGAAGGCCGUUCCUCAAAUGGCUUUUACCGGCUUGACAACCAACAUGAACCCCAUCUUCGAGCCUCUCAAGUGUGACGAGUGCAAUCAAACAAUCUAUGGUAGCAUGUUCAAGAAGAAGGAAAACAACGACAAAACGACUAUUUCCGUGUGUGAAGACUGCUACAGAACAAAGCAUUACGGCGACCUGUCGUAUGCAAAGAAGUAUCAGCACUACGAUCUCGAAGAAGAGUCAGAAGUCAGCAUGCCAAGCAGCACAUAUGGCGUUGCUGAUCUUGAGAGAGGAGAGGAAGAGAUCCCAUUCUACCUACGGCAUUACACCAAAAAGUAUCCAUUCGGAAACGUCCACAUGGCGUUACGGAUUGGUCCUCUCACUAUUGAGAACGGUGUGGCAAACACGAAGGGAGGAGCUUUGAUCAGUCUGCGAGAUCCUCCGCGACUGUUAGCGGUAGAGGAGCCCAAAUCUCAACGACUGAUCGCUAUAAGCCCCAGCUUACCGCGAACCAUCUACACCCAGACAAAGGACAAACGAGCAUGGGUGCCAAAACGAAUCAAAGCAGUGAUGAAGCAGGUCAUUGGUUCACCGUUUUCGGGACUGUCUGAUGGCAAGAAAGAGCUGCAAGUCAUCCAAGAACUGGUUCGUGCCAGCCAGCUGAAAACUCUUGGCGACCCCAGUCUCUCUAGAGCAGAACAGAAUAAGCUGGUGGAACGAAUCCUCGGUCAUUUGCUCGGACGCUUGAAGGAAUUGUUCAGGGACAGGCUUGACACAUACCUGAGCGAUUUGACAAUGAAACUCUUCCAUCCCGGCACGAAGAUCCAAUGGAACGCAAGAGAGAACAACUGCCAGAACUUCUGCGACGCGCUGAUCAACCGCCGCCGUCUCGGUCUCCUAAUCGACCAGAACGUCGGAACAAAAAAGCCCCCCCUCUACCUAAUGAGCUUCGUCUGCCGCAAGGAGGCCUACCCAGUCGCCCGCGUGCAAACCAAACUCGACGUCCCCAGCGGCCUGACAGAAGAAUACCUCCUGAAGUUCCGCUUCGGCCUCCACCAGGACUCAGACAUCGUCGACAGCCUGCACGAGUACUGGACCGACUGGGGCGCCUUCGGCACGCACCUCUACCCCUUCCAAGACCUCUUCCCCUGGGACUGCAGCGAGGCCUUCGGCCGCCACCCGGUCCCCUGCUCGCGCUGCACCAUCUCCAAGCACGUCUGGGCCUUCCCCUACGACUCGUGGUCCAUCAUCUCCCUCCACCUCAGCCGCGACCGCUUCCUAUACGCCCCUUCUCCCUCCACCCCCGACGACGCCGACGACGACUCCGCCUGGCACCACAACCGCCUCACCCUCCUCGCCGCCACCGACGCCCUCACCGCCUCCGCCGCCGCCAUGGCCAGAAACAAGGGCUUCCGCCGCGCGACAGCGUGGACUGCACACGACUUCAACGCCUCGUUCGACCGCGUGCGCCUGGGCGGCAUCCACCGCGCGCAGCCGUGGAGCAGGCCGUUCGUGCGCGGCGCGUACAACCACUUCUUCGUCGCCGAGUGGGCGCAUCUGCGUCGUCAGGACCAGGUCGCGGCGUACGAGAUGCUGCGUGAUUUUCGCAUGGAGAUGCUGGAUGUGGGCGUGACGAGGGCGGAUGCGGCGAGGAGGAGGGCGGGGACGGGGGCGCGGGGAGGGAGAGGGUUUGUGGGGGGUGGGGCGCUGGGGUUAGCUGUAGUAGUGGUGGCGGAAGCGGUGGAGGUGGCGGCUGUGGUGGCGGUGGCGGAGGAGCCGGAUGUGGUGGUGGUGGAGGCGGCGGAGGUGGUGGAGGUGGUUGUGGAGGAGGCGGAGGAGGCUCUUGAUCUUGGAGUUGAACAUGGAAUAUCACACCUUGCCAUGCGAGGUAGUUCUUUCAACCAUUUGUUUUCUUAA